UGGACGUCUGUCAAAAAGCCAGUAUCCGCGCUGAGCGAGCCGCCCUGCGCUGCUCCCUUCACGACCGUCCGCUCUCCUUUUCACCCUCUCAAAAUAAUGUUCUUCGUGGUUCUCAGUCAUUUGGAGGCUACGCAAAUUAAGACUCUGGACUGAUUCUACCGUCUACUGUGUACCAUGGCGACGGUGGUGAUGGAGCAGAUCGGGCGUCUUUUCAUCAACGCGCAACAGCUGCGUCAGAUCCCUCAGCUGCUGGAGUCAGCGUUUCCCACACUGCCUUGCACCGUGAAGGUCUCUGAUGUUCCCUGGGUGUUCCGUGAACCUCACAUUCUCAGUGGCUACAGACAGCCGGACCAGAGCUGGCGCUACUACUUCCUCACACUCUUCCAAAGGCACAACGAGACCCUAAAUGUCUGGACCCACCUGCUGGCUGCCCUCAUCAUCUUGGUGAAGUGGCAGGAGAUCUCAGAGACAGUUGAUUUUUUGCGAGACCCUCACACUCAUCCCCUCUUCAUUGUCCUCUUGGCGGCCUUCACUUACCUCUCCUGCAGCGCCCUCGCUCAUCUGUUCUCUGCCAAGUCAGAGCUCUCUCACUACAGCUUCUACUUCCUCGACUAUGUGGGUGUUGCUGUCUACCAGUAUGGCAGUGCCCUGGCACAUUUCUACUAUGCCAUAGAGGAAGAUUGGCACACUAGAGUGCAAGGGAUUUUUUUGCCUGCUGCAGCCUUCUUAGCCUGGCUUUCCUGCUUUGGCUGCUGCUAUGGCAAAUACGCCAGUCCUCAGCUUCCAAAAUUUGCCCACAAGCUCUUUCAAGUGGUGCCAUCAGGCUUGGCUUACUGUCUAGACAUAAGCCCAGUGGUUCACCGCAUCUGUAGCUGCUACCAGGAGGACUGUGCUGAUCCAGUGGUGACAUACCACUGGUAUCAUGUGCUUUUUUUCCUAAUCAGCGCCUAUUUCUUCUCCUACCCUCAUCCUGAGAGCUGGUUCCCAGGAAAGUGUGACUUCUUCGGCCAGGGUCACCAGAUCUUUCACGUGUUCCUGGUGAUGUGCACUCUGACGCAGAUUGAAGCACUGCGUAUGGAUUUGAUCGAGCGCCGUCCCCUGUAUGAGCGCCUUCAUGGCGAUCUUGCACAUGACGCCGUUGCACUUUUCAUCUUCACUGCCUGCUGCAGUGCUCUUACUGCUUUUUAUGUACGUAAUCGUGUACGUGCUUCUCUGUAUGAGAAAGAGGAGUGACAGCUUAAAUGAGUUUAAUUUAUUUGGUGGUGUACUCGGAAUUGAAAUUCUCAAAGUUGAUGUCAUUGAUUGCUGUCAGUAUGUGACAGCAUACAGUGAUUAUUUCUUUUUGUGAUCUGCCAAACUACAGUGAGCUGACAAAGUGCUGUUAACAGUGAGAUUUUGUGAUGUACCUUGAGGAAACAGAUAUCUGUACUUUGUUUGUAGCAAUACCGAAAGUCCUCAAAUCUUUUACUCUGCUUUUUUUUAUAUGUCUGCAAGGUUGCUUUGGGUUUUAGAUUGGCAUAAUGAUUUAUUUUGCCUUACCAAAACACACUCCUUGUAGGAAGCAGGAACAAGACUAGGUGCACUGUUUUUAUGGAGGCUCGACAACUAGAACGAGCAGGGCUAUGACGAGUUGGAAUUUUUGUGAAGGAAGAGGCACAUGUGGGAGUUUCAUUUAACUGAGGCAGUGUAAAUGGAGUUUUUAGUGGCAAUUUGGUUUUGCAAAUUGCAGCAUAUAUAGAGUUUAGAGAAUUGUGUCUUUUGUUGAGCAAAGUCACUGCUGAUAAAGUGGUGAUACAGUCAUUAACCAGAAAACUGAAAACGUUCUUCAAGAA